GAUUGGCUUCACAUAGUGCAAAUACGGUAACACUUCGUCAAAAAUCGUAAAUAAUUAAUUUUAUUGUUUUGGCCAGAAGCAAAGGUCCUGAAAGUGUUUGUUUAGCAGCAAAACCCAAGGGAAACCAGGACAGAAGGCCGUACCCUGCAAAUAAGCAGAGUUUGAGACCAGGAUUCGUCAUCGGUAGUAAACCACCCCACCUUAAUUAGAGGAGUAACCACCUUGUUCCCUGAACAAUGGGCAAUAAACAGAUUAAACAGCACUUGGAGACGGCCCAGAAGACGGGAAUCCUGAAGAUAUCCUUGCAGCGCCUUCAGGAGUUCCCACCGCAACUAAAGGCCUACCCGAAUGUGCUGAAAACCCUCGAUCUCUCCGAGAAUCGCUUCGAACGAGUGCCCGAUGAACUGGGCAAGCUGACCCUGCUGAAGCACCUAAAUCUCAGUGGCAAUCGACUGGUGGAACUCAACGAGGUGGUGGGCGAACUGGCCAAGCUGGAGGUGCUCCUGCUGAUGGACAAUCUGCUCACCAAGCUACCAAAGACCCUGGCCAAUUGCAGUCACCUGAAGACCGUGAACCUGAGCAAUAACCAGCUAAAGGAGUUCCCCUCCAUGUUGUGUGGACUUAAGCAGCUGGAUGUGCUCGAUCUCUCGAGGAACAGGAUCACCGAGGUGCCCUCCGAAGUGGGUGGUCUCUAUGUGACCGAACUGAACCUGAAUCAGAACCAAAUCUCUUCGCUGGCGGAGGACGUGGCCAAUUGUCCCAAGUUGAAGACCCUCCGACUCGAGGAGAACUGCCUGCAGGCGGCUGCCUUCACGCCCAGGAUCUUGAAGGACUCGAAGAUCUGCAACCUGGCCGUGGAUGGCAAUCUGUUCAACUCGAAGCAGUUCACCGAUCUCGAUGGCUACGAUGUCUACAUGGAGCGCUACACGGCGGUCAGAAAGAAGAUGUUCUAGAUCCGGAUGGAACCCCUUUCCAAUUCCCUUUUCCCAUUUUUUUUGUGUGUGUCCCACAGCCUUUAUUUAUCAGCGUAAACUAAUUUAAUAGCUUAAUUCUAUAUGCCUUCAGUGUAAAUCGUUAUAAAUAAAACGAAAAAGACAACUACA